CGGAGCGCUUGGAGAGGCUGAGACCAGCACGUUCCGUUUCUCUGAGAGGGAAAGAGGAGUUUAAAAUCCAACAGAUAAACUGUCAGCUGGGGGUGUCUGAGUGGGCAUGUGGUUACUGGAGAAGCUCCGCAGCAGUGGGACACAUUCCCACCCCCCGCAGACAGUCGAGGCCAUCCCAGUCUCUGUUUACGCCAACGUACUAACUCCAGAAAGGAUCCCGGAUUUCUUCAUCCCACCCAAACUCAUCUGCUGCCCACCGGAGGAGUCCUCCAGCCCAGAGGCUAAGCACUGCCCCCCUCUGAGACCCUCCUCCUCCGACCACGCCAUCUGCAGUCAGAGCCCCAGGGCUCGGAGCAGCAAGAACCCCUGCAGCCCCCGCCUCUUCUCCCGCAACCUCCAGAAGUCUGCCAACCGUCACAUCAUCCAGAUAGAGAGUGCUGAUGAGCCUGGCUCGGGGGCCACGGGCAGGCUGGGUGCCAAUGUGAACACCAACGCUGACCCCCAGUCCCAGACUGCCAUGUCCCUGCCUUACGUCCCCAAAGCCCAGACCUCGUAUGGCUUCUCCACCCUGAUGGAGUCUCCCCACACCCGCCGUAAGGAAAGCCUGUUCCACAGUGACCCCAGCAGCCCCCUCACCUCCCCGAACUCCCAGAGGCGUUCUCAAGGGGGGACUCUGCUGGCCCCGGCCGACCCCAACCCCUACCGCUACUUCAGCGGCGGAGAAAGCGACACAUGCUCUUCAGCUGAAUCUUCCCCUUUUAACUCCCCCCUGCUGUCCCGAUCUGCCUCCCUCCUUCGCUCCAUCACACAGGAGACACAGGCCAAGGUGUCUCGUGCUAAGCGCUCCUUGGCUCGCCACAGUUCUCUCUCCACGGACGAGUGCAGCUCGGCAGACAACAGCCCCAACGCGCAGCGGCGUCGCACGCGCUGCCCACCCUCCCCCGCCUUCCGCGGGCGCAAACCCGGCGGCUCCAGGAGCGCCGCGUCGGAUCCCCUGCAGCGUGAGCACACCGUCAACCUCCACAAGGGGGGGACGCUGAGACUGAGCACCCACUACGACCCGGAGGCCGCGCGGCUGAGGGUGCGCGUGCUCGCAGCCGAGGCCCUGUACGACAGGCAGACGGACCUGAAAAGCAUCAACUGCUGCGUGGCGCUCUACCUGAACCCCGGGAAGCAGCAGAAGCAGCGGAGCACCAUCAUCAAGAACAGCAGGAACCCGGUGUUCAACGAGGACUUCUUUUUCGAUGCGGUGCCUCAGGCGCAAGUGAAGAGUCUGGCCAUGAAGAUAAAGGUUGUGAACAAAGGAACGAGUCUGAAGAGAGACGUCCUUCUUGGAGAGAGGGAGGUGCUGCUCAGCAAGCUGCUCGCAGGCCUCUAG